AAAAUAACCAGUGACUCUUUCCGGGGCGAAGUUUAAGCCACAGGUUACAAAACUGUUGCGAAGUUCAUUGUAUUUAUCCAGCCUUUUAUAUCAAAACAGUGCAGACAACGAACUAUUAGAUUGCACGAGUCAUGUUGUUCGUAAUUAUUACAUGGAAUUAUAUCUAUUGUUACGUUUCUCAUGGGUUUCAGAUAUUAGAUAUAUCGUAGGAUGGCGUAUCGGUACUGUAACUGGUUAACUAGUUAGCUUGCUGUUUCGGUUUCUAGCAUAGCAUCAUCAAGCAGUUUUUUCUGGACACGGAACAAUGUUUUUUGGUGCAAUUGUACAGUUGUUUACCGAACUAGGAGGACCUAUACUAAACGCUGAAGAAAGUGCAGCCAUGGCAGGAAGUGUAAACACCAGCCCUCCGGUGAAAUGCUUGUUCACGAGCAAUGAGUCAAUAGUCACGAUCAGUCUUCUACGGUGAGCUAGUGUACAUUUACUUUUAGGUCGUGUCAUAUUCCUCAUGUGACAUGUCCUCGCCGUCACCGGUACAAAUUCGAGAGGCGAACGUACACCUGGCCGCGGUGCACAGGCGGGUAGCAGAACUGGAGCAGCGGCUCGAGGCAGCAGAGAACACCGUGAGGGAGCAAGCAGAGAGUCUCAUCAGGAAGGACGAGCAACUGAGGGCUGCUACCCAGGAGAUCACCGAGGCCAAGAAUAAAGAGAUUUACUACCUCCACGAGAAGCUGUGCAAGUCAGAGGACACCAUCCAGAGGUUUCAGAACAUGAUCAAGGAGAAGGAUGCUAUGAUAGGCCAGUUGCAACAUCGCUGCCAGCUCCUGGACAACAUCUGUAAGAGCAGGCCUUUACUAGACAGUAUGCUGUUCCAUAUGGCUGAGGCAGAAAGACUUGGGCCAGUGGUGGGGAUGGGUGAACCCACUGUCAAAACAUCCCUCACAGACGGGGAGUCAAACUGCAGUCCCAACCGCAUCUCUAACCACAAAGACUUCUCUCUCAGUGAGGAUGACCAGGAGCUGGAUGAGAUAGUGUUUGGAACAACUGUAUAGUACAAGGCCCCUGAGAAGAGUUAGGUUAGUGAAGAGGUUCUAGAAGAGGGUGGUUACUUGAAGUAGAGGCAUGAGUCAUUUCAAAACAUCUGCAUGUUGUUAUUGAAUUUUUUAAAAUCUCAAAUAGAACAUUUGUGCUCUAAGUAGUUCUUUAUACUCUGCAGAUAACUUACAAGUUAACAUGAUGUCACAUGGGGGAACUGCUUGACAUGUUAUGAAGCCUUUGGUUUAACUGCUUGACAUGUUAUGAAGCCUUUGGUUUAACCAAUUAAAGGGAAACUAAUCUGCCUUGAUUCCACAUCUUAACCAGACAAUAACCAGGUGUCCAUUUGACAUCAGUUUCUGUUGUUUUAACUGGUGUAUUUUUGUACUGUAAUAUUUGGAAAUGGUGUAAAAAUGACCUCUUAUGUUCAGCUCAAAGUGUUCAAAGGUCAAAAAGUGUUGAGAAGGUCAGAGUUCAGAAAGUACAUCUGUCGCACAUGCAAGGCUAGGUUCUACUGCAUCCCAUGCAUUUGACUAUAUAGUAUACAAUGAAUCAGUCAUUCUGCACUGACAAAGUUUUUUUUGAAGUGACAAUUAAACUUAAAGUGCUUGAGGUUAUUUUCGGGGAGUGUACUUACUCUACAUGUAUCCUGUGUAAGCAUGACAUUUAAUUAAUCUAAGACAUACAUUAGCCUCUUGUUGGCGUCAAUAUUUGCUUCAGAGAAGCAAAGUCUAUGCAACAUUGAAGUUUGCGUCACUCUUACAGUACACUCACUCUUGCAUUACAUAAGAUGCUACAUAGAUGUGACAUUCCAGUAGGGUCAAAAGCAGGGGAAUUCAUGUCUUGUGCUCAUAAUAAUACUACUGUUUUGCUUAGUCAUUAUAUAAGCAAUAUUAUAUAUUGUUUUGGCUUAAAUCAUCAGGUGGCUAAAAGUAUUGUGUUAUGUCUGCUGCGUCUUUCAGUACAACUGCAUGAUUGUGCAGCUUAAACUGUUCCUCUUGAAAUGUCAAUGUGUGUUGCUCUGUUCAUUUAAGAAAAUAUUUUUUGAGAAGUGGUAUUUUGAUUCAAUGAGGAAGUUUUUUUUUUAGCAACAGACCAGUCUGCUACAUUAAUAAAUUAUUUAUUU